AUGGAAACUGCUUCCAACGCCGCCAACAAAGCCAAGCAGGCGGUCCAGGAGCUGCGGCUCAACGUCGCUCAGUUCUACCAGGAGCAGGAGACGAGAAACUUGCUGCAAGCCGAGGAAGCCGCUCGGCAGUUUUCUGACGACGACCAGGACUGCUACACCAAUGGCGAGAAGGUCUACGAGGUAGGAGGUUUUCAGAAAACUGAAAUUUGGCAAGAGAUGACUUCCAAAGUGAGACUUCCUUCUGGCUAGGACACGGCUGUAUUCUGAAAAUUGAAAAAGACCAGUAAGCUCUUGAAAAAUUGUGAGAAUUCGGUAAAAAUCGAUGCACCGCUGUGAUCAGGAAAAGUGAGAUCUUUAGUUUUCGAGAGCAUUUUCGAGCAAAGAGAGGGCUUUCCAAAGCUCCUUUUCUCCUUAAAAAGUUCGAAUGUACGGUUAGGAACUUGCUGAAACUUUUUAAAGAAGCACCUAAGGUCUAAUCCUUGAAAAAAACGGCGUUAUCUGCCUUUCAGGAGGUUGUAAGGAUACUAAAAACCUUCUUUUUUUCUUCAUUGCAAUUUCUCAAUUCAAUUUUGAAGUCAGAAAAUUCUGAAAAAGAAACCAUACAAAUCUUGUUAAACCUUAUUCAAGAGAUUCAGACAGGAACCUUAAUUAAAAGCAAAAAAAAAGUAAGACUCGAAGUUAUAACAAUGCAUCAACAGACAUCGAAAAAGAUAAUCCGUUAUCAAGAUCUGUUUCAUUCAGACGCUUCUGCGCUCCGUGCGGCCUUGUAAUUUUUUUCGAGUUUUUAUCGAUGUGAGCUCAGAUUAUUCACGAUUUUUGAAGCUCAAGCUCUCAUUUUUUCAAACUUUCAGAAGCUUAAAAAACUCAGAUUCUUUCGGUUAGUGUUUGAAACAAGGAUUCAUAUCAACCGAACGAGUAAUAUGAAAUUAUAACUAUUUAUAGGGUAAAAAUGAGAUUUUUUUAUAGAGUUAACUCUUGAGAAAAUGCUUUUUUUAGGUUUUUUCUAAUGAGACGCAUUUGAAAAAACCAUUUUUCUGUAUUUUUCAAUGGAAAAAUUUCCUGAUUUCAGUGCGUGAUCGGCCGAAGCGUGUGUCGAAUGGCUCGGUCGUCGAUGCUCGCCCUGUCCUUAUUCUGCACGAUUGCGGUCGCCGUCAUCGUGAUCACGGUCGUUCUUCUUUGCACUUUCCUAUCACUGACCAGCUCGAGCGAUGUGAGUUUCGAUCAAUCUUGAAGAUAAAGAAAAAAAGAAUGUUGAAAAAUAACGUCCAUGUUUGGAAAGAGAGCUUCAGGGUGUGAAAAAAAUAACAAAAAUGGAACGAAUGAAAAAUAACAACUGUCAUAGUUUCAUUAUCAAUCACUCAGAAAAAAACAUUGAAAAAAAGUUUGGAAUGCACUUUUUCCCAUCGAUUGAGAAUUUCCCGAAGCCAGAAAAAAAAUAAAAAAUUUUUCAUCGUCCAUCAAUCAAAGACGCCUUUUGCUGAAAAUCGUAACGCUAUUCUGGAAAAACAAGGAUUUUUAGAAUUUUCCAGAAAAAAAGGGAAAGGCGUGUGGCUCAGACUAAACUAAGAUGAUUACAAAAAUCCUUAUUCGAAAAAAACAAGAAUUUAGCUUGUUUUUUUCUGGAAUAUCUGAUCAGAUGAAAUCCUCCGUUUAAGACCAUUUUUUUCGAAUGAGAAAUAAUUUAGUGACAUUUUUGCAUUUUUUGAUGCAAUUGUGAACAGAAAAGGAACUAUUGGAGACUGAAAAUCGCUUCGAAAGGGCAGAAAAAGUUGAAAAUCUUUUGGUGAAGACCUUCUUAAAAGCCACAAGUUUUCGUAUAUUUAACUUAAAGUAAGCUUUUUUAGCAAUUUGUUCCUAGAAAAUCAAAAGAUUUUUCCAUUUUCAGGUCCCAGACGACAUCACCAACGAAGACGUCGUUGGAGUGAUCAACUGGCUGCACUACCCGAUCGGGGACCUGGCCCUCCGUCGAGCAAAUCAUACUCGUCCUGUAUGA